AUGCUGGUCCGGAGGAAAGGUCUCAAGGUCUUCUGUGCUGUGGUGGCUCUGCUUGUGGUCGUCAACGUCCUGGUAACUUUUUACACCCAGACCCCUGCACGCGGCUCGAGGCCGGACAGUCUUGAGAUGGAGCUGCGCCGGCCUCAGUCAGAGUGGGCUGGGGCCAUGGUCCAGAAGCUUUCUCGCCUGGAGGUGGAUGUCCAGCAACUGAAGUCUCUGAAGUCCAGCCCGCAGUCAGCGUCCUCCCCAAGCCAGGCGCUGUGCGUGAGAUGGGGCCGCUUCCCAGAGCCCGGCCACGCCACCGUGCUGCCCCCUGCCCCUGGGCUGCAGUCGCCCACUGAAGCCACGCCUCUGCCUACCAUGCGGGAGGGUGCUGCUGGGCGCAGGGUGGUCCUGCCAGUCUGUUUGGAGGUCAGCGCGGGUUUGGGGCAGCCUGGCAGUCCCACGGCAGACAGCUUUCAUCGCCAUAGGUCUCGUGUCUGCGAGAGUGCCAAGCAGGAAGACAUGAGACAGGUUAUAAAGCAACAAGAACACGCGCCGACGAGGGACGAGAGAGAAGACCACCUUGUUAGGGAGGCUAUGAAGACCAGCCCGGCCGAGACCAGCGAACGCAGGACCCCCAAGAAACUCUUCCCCAACUCGCCCCUCUUCCGGCAAUGGGGAGCGGGGCUUCCCGAGGCCCAGCAGGAAAGGGCGCAGGACCUGUUCCAGAGGUUCGGCUACAACGUGUACCUCAGCAACCAGCUGACUCACAACCGUAGCAUCCCCGACACGCGACCCGACAGGUGUCUGCAGAAGUCAUACCCUUCCCGGCUCCCGUCCCUCAGUGUUGUCCUCAUAUUCAUGGAUGAAGCUCUGUCCAUCAUCCAACGGGCCAUCACCAGCAUCAUCAACCGGACCCCACCUCAGCUGUUGAGGGAGAUCAUCUUGGUGGAUGACUUUAGCUCCCAUGGAGAACUCAAGGAGCAGCUGGAUGAGAAGGUUAAGCUUUACAACCAGAACCAUCCGGGUCUACUCAAGAUGAUCAGACAUACGGAGAGGAAAGGGCUCGCUCAGGCUCGCAAUACCGGCUGGGAAGCCGCCACGGCCGAGGUGGUGGCCAUCUUGGAUGCCCACGUGGAAGUGAAUGUCGGCUGGGCCGAGCCCAUGUUGGCUCGGAUUCAGGAAGACCGCACGGUCAUCGCGUCUCCCGUGUUUGACAACAUCCGCUUUGAUACCUUCAAGCUGAUUAAGUACCCCCUGGCCGUGCACGGGUUUAACUGGCAGCUGUGGUGCCGCUACGAUGCCCUCCCACCGGCCUGGCUGGGUCUGAAUGACGUCACUGCUCCGGUGAGGAGUCCUUCCCUCAUGGGCAUCCUGGCUGCCAACAGACUCUUCCUGGGAGAGAUUGGGGCUCUGGAUGGUGGCAUGCUGGUCUAUGGCGGUGAGAAUGUGGAACUUAGCCUGAGGGCGUGGCAGUGCGGAGGGAAGAUUGAAAUCUUACCCUGCUCCCGGGUCGCUCACCUGGAGAGACACCACAAGCCCUACGCCUCGGACCUGUCUGUCUUCUUAAAGCGCAACGCCCUGCGCGCGGCCGAGGUGUGGAUGGAUGACUACAAGGACAUGGUCUACAUGGCCUGGAACAUUCCUCUCCAGAACUCGGGAAUCGACUAUGGAGACGUUUCUUCCAGAGUGGCCCUACGCGAGAGACUGAAAUGUAAACCUUUCGACUGGUACCUGAGGAACGUCUAUCCACAUCUGAGGCCCCCCGGCAACAUCGUGGCCUACGGGAGAAUGAAAAAUUUAUUGGAGGACAGUAUCUGCCUGGACCAAGGACCUAUUCCAGGCAACACCCCCGUCAUGUAUACCUGCCAUGAAUUCAGUUCACAGAACGUAUACCACCUCCUCUCUGGGGAGUUCUACGUGGGCCAUCUGACUGCAGAGGCAAGCACCAAUGACCGCUGCUUAACAGACCCUGGCAGCGGGGAGAAGGCCAAGUUGGAGCCAUGUUCCAAGGCAGCCAGAAAUGGACUGCAUAUCUACUGGGAUUUUAAAAUGGGGACGGCUGUCGUGAACAGAGACACCAAGCGAUGUCUGGAGAUCAAGAAGGACCCCUCAGGUACCUACGAGCUGGUGCUGCGAAACUGCACCCUGCAGAGGUGGAGAAUCCAGCACACUGUAAGAACCUGGGGCCGCUAG